GCUGUUGCUACAUAUAUAAAACACUUCACAGGAGACUGGAUAAGUAGUAGUUGAAUUGUAUUUACAAAAUAUGUUUCGUUUUUUGUUAUUGGCAGCUGUGGCGGGUGUUUGCUUCGCUAGGCCCGGAGGUUUGGGCUUAGGAAUUGGUUUAGGCGAUCAUGGGAUAGCUCUAGCCCCUUCAAUAGCUGCAGCUCCGGUAGUGGCCGCAGCCCCUAUAGUUUCCCACGUGGCGGCGCCACUGACUGUAAACGCCGGCGUCAGUCAAGCUUCUAGGGUGGAUAUCGUCACUCCCGUUUUGGGCACCGUCGCCACAGGUGUGGGUCAAGGCGGUUUGGGGCUCACAGGUCAUGGAGGACUAGCGCUGGCCGGUCACGAACUCAGGCUGGGAUAACUUUCCUAUCCGUUCUACGUCAUUGUAAAUAAAAUAUUUGGACAAUAUUAAAUACGAAACGAUCAGUUGAUUUGUUCGUUCCCCCACGGUUUUGAUGUGUUCAAAGCAUAA